AUGUUCCGGAAAAUCAAUGCCUCGUUGAGUAUCAAAGGAAUAAACGAAGUGGAAAAUCAAGCAGAUAACAGAAUGGGUCAAAUGAAACGCAUGAUACUAUCUCCUUUACCAACUGAAAACAACAAACUUCUAUAUGCAGAAGAUCCGCUAACCCAGCAAGUUCAAGACUAUUGUUCGGAUGACAGCGUUAAGAACUCGGAUUACGUAAAUACUGAUGACUAUUAUUCCGAUUCUAAUCAUAACACCAAGCGAACAUACAUUGAAGGCGGCAAGACUGUAACUGAUUUACAUAGAGACUAUGUUGCUGAAUGUAAAAGUAAAGGUUUACCUUUUGGUAAUUAUCUAGCAUAUUACAAUAUAUUUUGUUCCGAAUACAAAAUGGCAUUCUUCAAACCUAAAAAAGAAUGCGAAAACUGUACAAAUUAUGCUAAUGCGACUGAAGAAGACAAAAAAAUGAAACAUGAUUAUGAACUUCACCUAAAAGAAAAACAACUAGCAAGGGAUCAAAAAGAUGAGGACAAAAACAUAUACUCCGGACAAUUGUAUAGUAUCCGUUUAUGA